GAGCCGCGCCCGCCGUUGCCGUGGCGACGGGCUAAGCCGGGCCUACGAUCGGCGGGCGCCGAGGGGCCGGGCCGGAGCCGACCCGCGGCUCGGCGCUGCCGGGGCGGGCAUGCACAACAAAGGCGGCGGGCGACGCGUCCCGGGAGGGCUCCGCAGGUCUUCUACGCAUGGCGACUCCACCCAUGUGAGAGCUCUCUUAUGGCAGUCACUGGCUUCUGAAGCCCAGUCCUCUUGCUGUUCAUCGCUGCUGUUAGAAGCCACAGACUUAUCCAGCUAUGGAGCUAAGCUACAAAAAAUGAAGGAUGAAUUCAUAGGUUCGGCCUUGGAACUUAUUAAGAAAAGCUGCAAUGCUGAGACUGCUGCCAAAUCCCCCUCCAAGGGGCGGUGUGAUCUGAGGGAAGCUGAUCUCUCACCUCUGGAGGACAGCCAGCAGCCCACAGCGAUGUCCAUGGCAACAGAGACCUGGGAGGACAAGCCAAGCAAUGAGACAUCCAGUGACACUCCACCUGCAGGGAAUACCCCCAGUCCUGCCUGUCGCCGAUCCAGCUCCGACAUUGUCCAUGAGAGCACGGAUGGUGCCAAGGCGCAGCGGGAGUGCCGGCUGCGGCCGCACUUCAGUGACCCGAUGCCGACAGACUCGGUGAAGAGGAAGCAGCUGGAGCUGAAGAUCGCGGCUGCAGCGCGGCAGCACGCGCAGAAGCGCCGGCAGGAGCGAGACUGUGGUCCAGUGGUAGCAAAAGCCAACCUUGGCCAUGGUGGCAGCUUUGAUGAGACCCGACGCACCCCACGGGGCUCCCUCCGCUCCAGACGUCACUGGAGCAACGUCAGCAGUCUGAGCACGGACAGCGGGAUUGUUGGUGUGAAUGAUGCCCGGGAUGACCUGGAUCCCACUGCGGCCACCCGGACCAAGUCAGCGGAUGUGGAGAGGGCAGAUAGCGGCAUUGGCCAGAUGCCAGCCAGGAAGUGGAGGAACCGGGCAUCUGAAACACUGAGCUCCCUGCAGGCCUGGGAAGCCCACCGACCCUGCACCGACUGUGGAGAAAGGGACCUCCCGGUGGAGACAGAUGUUCAGAACUGCAACCAGAGGCGGGCUGAUCUCUGCGAGAAGUGCCGCAAGUGCAGGACGGAACGCAAGGAGUCUGUGCUGGAGUUUGUCAACACGGAGGCCAGCUAUGGAGAGGACCUGCGCAUCAUCAAAGAGGAGUUCUACCUCCCCAUGCAGGCGGCUGGGCUGCUGAGCCAGGAGCAGCUCCAGGGCAUCUUCAGCAACAUCCAGGAGCUCAUUGACCUCAAUGAGAACUUCCUGGAGAUACUUCAAGAAGAGAUUGAUCAGGCUUUUGAUCAGGGGGACGAUGACCUGAUGACCGUGUGCAUCGGAGAAAUAUUCCUGGAAUUUGUGAACAUGCUGCCAGCCUUUCAGACAUACUGUCUUCAGCAGUCCUCCUCUGUGAAUAUGCUCAACGCUCUGGAGAAGGAGAAGGAGUUGCUCAGAAUAUUCCUCAAUGUCUCCCAGAAUGACAACACAGCACUGCGGCGGAUGAACUUGAGGUCCUUCCUGAUGGCCCCUUUGCAGAGGGUCACCAAGUAUCCCCUGCUGCUCAGCAGAAUCAUCAAGGCCACCACCGAGUACCACCCAGACUACGGCAGCCUGCGGGAGGCCAAGAGCCGCAUCGAGUCCCACCUGGAGCACAUCAACAUGAAAACCAAGCAGGAAGGGAACACAUGGACCCUCCGAUCCUUUCGCCAGGACAGCAAGAAGAAGAGGGAAGUCAUCAACAUCGAGAUGAGAGAAACUGCCCUCAAAACUGUCGGUUGGCUGCGGGAGGAAACUCGGUUUGUGAUGGAAGGGUCUCUGCAGCUGGCCCAGCCCCCCGAUGGCCAGUGGGUGAAGAAAGGCAGCAAGACCCUGAAAUUCCAGAACAUGCAGGUCCUCCUCCUGGUGAACAUGAAACGUGUGUCCGAGUCCAGCCUGGAAUCAGCUGAGCCAGGGCCUGUGAAGGACGCAGUGCUGGUACUCAUCAGGGACAAAAAUAACGGGAAGUUCCAUUUGCUCAGGGAGCCCUUGAGGCUGAGUAAUUGCAUAGUCUCCACUGAUCCCGACUGCGAUGACACCUUCGAACUCAUUGAAAUCAGGCGGGAGGCGUUUGUGUUCCGGGACAGCGACCGGGCACGGACUCACCACUGGUUCAGGCAGAUCAGGCGCUACUCCAGGGAGCUGGGCUCCUGGAAGAAGCGGCGGAACGCGCUGCCCAACAUCAUGAUCAGCACUCCUCACACCAGGCCCUGAGUCCUGCACGGGCAGGCUUGGCUUGACCAGUGCCGCAUGCAAAGACCAUCAAGAGCCCCACUGGCUUGAACUUGCUCCAUGGACAACACAGGGAGGAGCCUGGUCCCCAAAGACUCUUACUAGCACUGGAAGCAAACACUACAGCCUGGUGCUGAACUCCAACCUCUGGACUCACAAUAGUUCGUGGCUCAUGUACAUACAGAGAUGGGCUCCACUUGAGGACAUCACCGAAGGAUAAUAAUUUAACUUGUUAAUGUUGCACUGCAGGAGAAUGAUGUAUGAUGCUUGCCAUUGCAUGGAUCGUGUUGAAAGCCAGUCUUGACAAUGAGAGAGGUUUCCACUAUUGACUGUAUUUCAUCAGCAUUAGGUAAAGUCUGGGUAUUCAGCAAAAUUAGGUGCAGUAUUAUGCAACAGAGAUGAAAGCUGGAAAAAAUUGUUUUCCACCACAACUCCUAAGGACUGUGUUUCAUUAUUCACCUCCGUAUAUUCAGUCAAAACACUUGUUUAAAAAGAAAGGCCUUUCAUCUUUAAUCCAAAUCAAGUAGGUAUCAAUUUGCUCAGAUUCAGCUGCAUGCACACAGAAAAAAAAAAAAAAAAAGAAAAAGAAAAAAAAAGAGCAAACACAUAAACCCCACAUAUGUGUAGAACCUGUGGAAGAGCAGCACACUCCCAGUGAGAGUCUGUUAUUUAACUGACUUAGGGUCUGGAACAUAAUGCUGCAUCUGAAAUAUCUCAGAAGUAUAUGUAAAUACAGCUCUACUACCACUGAUAGUGAAUUUAAGAGUUUGCAAUUAUUUAAAUUAUGUAAUCUAGUGUAUUUCAAAAUUUAAUUGAAAGGAACAAUUUACAUUGUACUGUAGAGUAACAUAAAAUGUUUUAAUAAUUAUGUUUCAAUUA